CCUCCGCUCUCCGUUUGGACGCUGCGGAUUAUCUUGGGCCUCCUGAUGGAAAAAGACGCCCGGCCAAUGCCGACUCAAGGGGCGGGGCUGCUCCCUUGGUCUUGAACCCUGUGGGUGCUUAGCUCAUGGGGGUGCUUCCUCCAGAGGUGCUUGCCAACAAGAUCUCUGAGUGACCGCACUCCCGGAGACCUUACAGGGACAUCCCUUAGGCUGGCUAUAAAAUUGGAGGUUCGUGGGCGCCGGUUUGAGUCCCGGCUGCUCCACUUCUGACCCAGCUCUGAGCUAACGCGCCUGGGAAAGCAGAAGAUGGACCAUUGUUUAGGCCCCUGUGCCCACGUGGGAGACCCAGAAGAAGCUCCUGGCUUCUGCUGGAAGUAUUUAGUAAUUAAAAACUACUUGUGCUCAGAUCACCUGGUAAUUAAAACAUCACAAAAAACCGCCUCUCAAAUAAUAACCAUAAAAUAGUAGCAAGCAGAGUUCAAUCCUAAGAAGCGCGUGGUCCCUGGCACAGAGCAGGCUUUAGGUAAAUUAAGUUCCCGGGCCCCCAGCCAGCAGCCACCUGGGACGUGGGCGGAGAGAACCCGGCUUCCUGGGACCUGCCUGGAGGUCUCUGGGAAGAGGCCCGGCUCAGCCAGUGCAGGGACCCCCAGGGGCCGGUGAGGGCGACCACAGGUGCUGGUGAGACCUGGCCUGGCCACUCACUGGCCCCGUGACCUGGGGCAGACAGACCACUCCCCAAGGGAAGAAAGGAGGAGGAGGAGGAGGUCAAGGGCAGGUCGGCUGUGGCCCCUGAGCUGUGUUUGUAAAUAAAGGUUUAUUGGCACACAGCCACACGCCAUUUGUUCCCGUAAUUGUCUGUAAUUGUCCUGGUGCUACAUCCGGGAGCUGAGUCAUUGCAACAGACCUGCCCAGGGCUGGAAACAGACUUGCACGACCUCCGGGCUGGGUGACUCUCUCUUUAUCAUUAUUAUUAUUUUUAAUUUGAAAGGCAGAGAGGGACAGAUUGGGAGAAGGCUCCCAUGACUAGUUCAGUCCUCAAAUGUAAUGAUCAGGGCUGGGCCAGGCCAAAGCUAGGAGCCAGGAGCUCCAUCCAGGUCUCCCGCAUCGGGGGUGGUGGGGGCAGGAGCCGGAUUACCGGAGCUGUCACCUGCUGCCUCCCGGCGUCUCCCCUGGCAGGAAGCUGGAGUCGGGAGCAGAGGCCUGGCUGCUCCACUUCCGGUCCAGCUCCCUGCACUCGCGUGGGAGACCCGGAUGGAGCUCCUGGCUUCAGCCUGAAUCAGCAAUGGCUGUUGCAACCAUCAGAGGAGUGAACCAGCAGAUGGACGAUCUCUCUCUGCUUUUCAAAAAUAUUUUUUUAUAAAAAGAUUUAUUUAUGUAUUUGAAAAUCAGAGUUAGAAAGAGAGAGAUUUUUCUAGCACUAGCCCAUUCCCAAGAUGCUAGCAGUGAAAUCGGAGAGGACCCCCUAAAAUUUACCCUGAAAUGUGGCCCCUUAAAGUUCCCUAGAAAUGCUAUCCGGGGUGCCACGUGUGCUACCGGAAUUUGGGGUGCCUUAUGAUUUCACCACAGGCUUGUUACCAAAUCCCCAAUAUUAAUAAGCCCAAGAGGGUUCCUUCCUAGUAUUAGAGAAGAAUUCUAAAUACCGACACAGAUAAACAAGGCAGCAUGUUAUGUUUUAAGCUUUUAUUUAGUGAGAAAGAUGCAUAGGAGAGUGAGAGCUUUGUUUAAGAGAGAGAGAGGUGAAUAGGGGUUCAUACCGAGCACCAGGAACCAGCCACGUGGAUGAGCAUCUAGAAGGCCAUGCACCCUGGAGGUGCGGGGCUACAGCAAGCCCUGUCCUGGCAAGAGGCCAGGGAAGAAGAGCAGGCGGGCCCAUGCACACUGUGCCCUAGGCUUUUAACCCACUUCCCAAGGGGAGUGGUUAAUUAACCUGAUUGGCUGGUGGGCACCCCGGUGUGGCCAGGUAGGGGAAUGAGGCCACGCAGGGGCGUGGCAAAGGCAUCAGGUAGGAGCAUGAGGUCACAUGGGGGUGUGGUCUUCCAGUUCACGAAUCUGAUCAAUUUUAACCUGUAUGCCUGCCUACUGCAGCAGGAGCCCCGGCUUGGGCCAGGCUGAAUCCAGAGGCCUGGAACUUAACCCCGUGUCUCCCACGUGGGCGGCCGGACCCGGUCCUUGGCCACCACUGCUGCCUCCCAGGGUCUGCGUUAGCAGGGAGCUGGAACGGAGCGGAAGAACCACAACCCAAACUCAGACAGUCCAGCCUGGGGUGCAGACAUCCCAGGCGGUGGCUUACCGCUGCACCACGGCGCUGGCCUGGAAGUAGUAUUUUUAAAGAUCAAAAUGAAUACAGACAAAAUCCAGGAUGCAAAAAAAUUCACAAUUUUGGGGCCAGCACUGUGGCACCGCAGGUUAAACAGCUGCCUGCAGUACCAGCAUCCCAUAGGGGCACUGGUUCGAAUCCCAGCACUCCACUUCUGAUCCAGCUCCCUGCUGUGGCCUGGGAAAGCAGUAGAAGAUGGCCCAAGUCCUUGGGCCCCUGCACCCGUGUAGGAGACCCAAAGAAAGCUCCUGGUUCCUGGCUUUGGAUCUGCACAGCUCUGGCCAUUGUGGCCAUCUGGGGAGUGAACCAGCGGAUGGAAGACUUUCUCUCUCUCUCUCUCUCUCUCUGCCUCUCCUCUCUGUGUAACUCUGACUUUCAAAUAAAUAAAUAAAUCUUUUUUUAAAAAGCACACAAAAUUGUAGCUUAUAUGUAUAUGACUUUAAAAAAAUGUUCCCUGGGAGGAUGGAGUUGGGGGGCAGGAUGGCUCUUGGGCUGAGAGCCCCAGGUUUGAAUAGAACACAUGGUACCUGGCCCCUGGAGGACUGGCCUCCCUAUAUGGGGCGGGGUUUGGCCCCUCUGUGUGCUCCUGGCCUGCCCUGCUGGGGCUGCGCAUGGCUCCCAGCGCCCCCCCCCCCGGCCUCCCCGUGCACACCUGGGCCCCGGGCUCAGCUUACACGGAGGCCCCAGGGUACCCAGAUGCUGGAGAUGCCGACUGGUCCCUGGGCGUCAGGGCCCAGGGAAACCACGGUCGCUAUGGCGACCACGGAGCUACCAGGGCGUGGCGCUGGGGAGAAAGUUCCCCAGUGAGUGCGCCCAGGGCAUCGGCUGGGAAGCCACUGUCCCACACCUGUCCCCCUCCUCUCCGGCUGUUCAAUUAAAGCCAGCGGCAGGGAGCAGCGGGCGUGUGACAAGGGUGCUCCACUGGCACAUGGCCCCGCCCCGCUGGUCACCCAGCGCAGCCGCCUGAGAUCCGUCCGCCCCAGGCCCUGGCGGGCUGGCAGCGUGAGCGCCGGCAUGCUGAGUCCUGGCACCCGCCGGCGGCUCCUCCAGGGCCGGCCGGGUCCCCUGCCAGCGCCUCCGCCCAGCGGCGUGGCCAUCUUCAUCAGCUCCGUGCUGUCAGGUAAGGGGCAGGGCAGGGCUGGGGGCUCAGCACCCCCCACAGUGCGCACGGUGCCCAGGGACCCCAGGAGUCCCGGAUGCGAGUGCAGGCCAGCUGGUGACCCAUGAGGGCACCGGGGACAGGGAGCCACUCUGAACUUGCGUCUCUUCUUCCCCCACCCGAGCGCCCUGGCUGUUGCAGCCAAUGGGGGAGCGAACCAGUGGAUGGAAGCGCGCGCGCGCUCUCUCUCUCUCUGCCUCUCAAGAAAUACAACCCUAAAGCAACUAAAAAUCAAAAGAAUGGGGCUAGCAUUGUGCCCCAGCUGUUUAAUCUGCAGCGUUCCACACCAGCAUCCCGUAUCAGAGCGCCGGUUCGAGUCCCGGCUCCUCCGCUUCCGAUCCAGCUCCCGGCUAAUGGGCCUGGCAAAGCAGCAGGUGACAACCCAAGUCCUUGGGCCCCUGCCACCCAGACCCAGAUGGAGCUCCUGGCUUCGGCCUGGCCCAGCGCUGCCUGUUGUAGCCAUUUUGGGAAAUGAACCAGCAGUUGGAAGAUUCUCUUUCUCUCCCUCUCCCUCUGCCUUUCAAAUAAAUACAUCUGAAAAAAUUCAAAAAAGGUGUUAAUAUUUGUAAACAGCCUCAAGAACACAGUUAACGAUCACAUGUUGUAAAAUAAUUUGGAAGCUCUGUUUUUGGUGUCCUCUGUUCCAAUGUAAAUUCAAUUUUACUUUUAAUUAAACAUUUAAAAUUAUUUUUAUUUAUUCAAAAGGCAAAGAAAGGGAAGGCAGAGAAAGAGAGCUUGCCCACAUACUGGCUCUCUCCCUAAAUGACUACAACCGCUGGGGCUGGACCAGGGCCAAGCCAGGAGCCUGGAGCUCCAUCCGGGUCUCCCACAUGGGUGCAGGAGCCCAAGCAUGUAGGCCAUCUUCCACUGCUUUCCCAGGCCACAGCAGAGAGCUGGAUUGGAAGUGGAGCAGCCGGGACUCGAACCGGCGCCCAUAUGGGCUGCCGGCACUGCAGGCAGCGGCUUUACCCACCGAGCCCCAGCACCGGGGACUCAGGCAUCUUCCCCACCUGCCCAGGACGUGGGAUUUUUCUAUUAGGGUUAACACCAGGCGACCCUGCACGGGCGGGCUGUCUGGGUUUUGUUGCGUAAGAAUUUCUCCUUCAGCGUGGGUAUGUGCCUCAUAGCUCAGGAAGUGGGGUGCAGGGCGCCCCUGGCUGAGCCGGCGCGCGCCGGGUUCUCCGCUAACCGCGCGCCCUCACCUGCAGACAUGGAGGCUGAGAGGGAGUUCCUGCAGCGCAGCGCCUACCCCGAGCUGCGGAUCUUCUGUCAGAAACAUGGCCUGGUGUUUGAGGCCGUUGAUCUGCGGUGGGGCAUCCGGGAACCAGAGGCCACGGCCCUCCUGACCCCCGACCUCUGCUUGGAGGAGCUCGGCAGAUGCCAGCAAACAUCCACAGGCCCAGCGUUCGUGGCCCUCCUAGGCAACCAGUACGGCCCCCGUCCCGUCCCCCGGUGCAUGGAGGAGGAGGAGUGGGAAGCCCUGCGGUCCCAGCUGGCCCCCAGGCCGCGGGAGCUGGAGCUGCUAGCUCGCCACUUCCGAAAGGACGAGAACGCGGUCCCCGCCUCCUACGUCCUGCAGGUGCCCGGCGCCGAGGAGACCCGGGGGCCGGAGGAAGCCACCUUGGCGUCUGUCCUGUACGCGGGAGCCCAGGAGGCCUGGAGGCGGGGCCGCAUCAGCGAGGAGCAGUGGCACCGCUACCACUGGUCAGUCACUGCGUGGGAGCUGGAGCUGGGGCUUCUGCGCUCGGCGGCGGGAGCCCAGGGAGCCACCGUGUUCGUGCGAGAGAUCGCGGACCUGCACCGGCACCUGCUGGAAGACUGCGCCGUGCCGACGGCGGACCGGCUCCCCGACGGCUGCCCGGACCUCGGCGCCCAAGCCCUUCUCAGCAGCCUCAAGGGUCGCGUCGCCGAGGCGCACCCCGACGCGCUCAGAUCCCACCGCCUGCCCUGGAGCCGGGACCUGGGCACGCGCAAGAGCCGAGCCCACGCCCUCUACCUGCAGCAGCUGAGCGAGCAGUUCGUGGCCAGGGCCACCCACCAGGUGCUCCGGCACCUCCGCGAGCUGGAGGCGCCCGCCCCGCUCGGCUCGGCCUGGCUCUACCGGGAGAUUUGCCACCACCUGCGGCAGAGCGCCGAGCUCACCCGCACCUUCCGCGGGCGCCGGGAGCUCCUGGCGCAGCUCGGGCGGCGGCUCAGCGACGACGACGGCCGCCCGCACCCGCCGCUGGUGCUCUGGGGGCCCCCGGGCGUGGGCAGCAGCGCCCUGAUGUGCCGGCUGGCCGAGCGGAUCUCGUCCGCGCCGGGGCUGCUGCCCUCCAGGACGGUGACCGUGCUGAGACUGCUAGGGACGUCUCCGCUGAGCCGGGACACCCGCGGCCUCCUCCCGAGCCUGUGUUUCCAGGUGUGCCUGGCCUACGGGCUGCCGCCGCCCCCGGCCCAGGUCCUGGCCGCCCACUGCAGGGUGGUCCAGUUUUUCCACGCCCUGCUCCACACCGUGUCCUGCAGAAACUUCGAGUCGCUGGUGCUCCUGCUGGAUUCUGUGGAUGACCUUGACCCUGGCCGCUGGCCACAGAGAAUGCCCUGGCUGCCGGCCCGGUGCCCACCGAGGGUGCAUCUCGUCCUCUCGGCCUGUUCAGGGCCAGGGGGCCGUUUGGAGAGCCUGAGGGAGACCCUCGGUGACCCAGACUCCUACUGGGAGGUGCAGCCCCUCUCUGGGAACCAGGGGCGGGAGAUGAUGGAGCUCCUGCUGACCACUGCGAACAGGACGCUGAGCCGGCCGCAGAGGGACCUGCUCUGGGCCAGCCUCCCCGAGUGCGGGCACCCGGGGCGCCUGAGGCUGGCCUUCGAGGAGGCCCGCCAGUGGGCGUCUUUCACCACGCCGGCCCCUCUGGCCGCCACGCCCGAGGAAGCCACGCACCAGCUCUGUGCCCGGCUGGAGCAGACGCAUGGGCGGCUGCUAGUGGCCCAUGUGCUGGGCUACAUCAUGUGCUCACGGUCAGUCUCUGACUUUUAUGUUUAUUAUGAUGUAUUUGUUUUAUCUGCAAGUCAGGAUUACAGAGAGAGACAGACAGAGAGAGGUUUUCCAUCUGCUGGUUCACUCCCCAGCUGGCUGCAAUGGCCGGAGCUAGGCCAGGCUGAAGCCGGGAGCCAGGAGCUUCCUCCGAGUCUCCCAUGCAGGUGCAGGGGCAAAAAGCACUUGGGCCGUCUUCCACUGCUUUCCCAGGCCAUAGCAGAGAAAGCUGGAUCGGAAGUGGAGCAGCUGGGACUUGAACCGGUGCCCAUGUGGGAUGCCUUCAUUGCUGGUGGUGGCUCCACCCACUAUGCCACAGGGCCGGCCCCCCAGCCCUUGAUUUUUUUUUUUUUUUUUUGACAGGCAGAGUGGACAGUGAGAGAGAGAGACAGAGAGAAAGGUCUUCCUUUUCCAUUGAUUCACCCCCCAAUGGCCGCUGCGGCCGGCGCACCGCGCUGAUACGAAGGCAGGAGCCAGGUGCUUCUCCUGGUCUCCCAUGGGGUGCAGGACCCAAGCACUUGGGCCAUCCUCCACUGCCUUCCCUGGCCACAGCAGAGAGCUGGACUGGAAGAGGAGCAACCGGGACAGAAUCCGGCACCCCAACCGGGACUAGAACCCGGGGUUCGGCGCCGCAGGUGGAGGAUUAGUCUAGUGAGCCACAGUGCCGGCCAAUUUUUUUUUUUUAAUUAUUAAUUUGAGAGAGGGAGAGAGAAAGAGAUCUUUCAUCUGCUUGUUCCCGCGCCCCACCCCCCAAUACACAAUAGCUGGGACUGGGUUGAGCCAAGGCUAGAAGCUGGGGUCUCCCACGUGGGUGCAGAGACCCAAGGACUUGAGCUGGCACCUGCAGCCUGCCGGGGUGUGCGUGAGCAGGAAGCUGGAGCCAGGACCCAGAGCCGGAACGCAAACACAGACGUGCAGCUGUGGGCAUGGACGGAGGUGCCCUGCCGACCCUGCUGCCGCUCAGCCGUGCAGAGCCUGGGGCAGAACGUGGGGCGGGGGCUGUGCUGAGUUUUUCCCCUUUCAUCACCCCCUCCCCCAGGCCCGCCCUGGCACUUCACUCUCCCUGCCAUGUGGGUGCCGUCCGCCCCCAGGGCAUCACGGGCUGGCGGCUCGGUGGUCCUCCGUGCAGUGGGGAAGACGUUGAGAGCUCACAGGACUCCCCCCACCCCGGGUCUGAGCUCAGCAAACCUGGGCUCCCCUGAGCUGGGGAGGUGGGUGGUUCACGGCUCUGUGGGGGCGGGGGACCCUGAGCAGGUGUGGGCACUGGCCGGGCGCUGUCCAAGUGCUGACGUUCGGGCAGGACACUGCGGGUGGCUGCGUGUCUCUCUCUCUCUCUCUCUCUCAAAUGCACAAGACCACAAGACCCAGACGUGGUCCCAAGUGCUCCCUGCCCCUCCCCCCCCAGGCACGGUCUCUCAGAGGCGGAGCUCAAGGACAUCCUGUCCCUGGACGAUGAAGUGCUGCAGGCCGUGUACCAGGAGUGGACCCCGCCCAGCAAGGAGCUGCUGCGUUUCCCGCC